UUGGAUAUCAGUAAUUGAUCAUUCAUCAAAUCAAAUCAAUUUUAGUGACACAAUGAAGUUGAUGAAUUGCAUUUCAUUUUUAACACUGAUAACAUAUAUCGCAGCGAUCCCUCAACCUGAUACAAAUAUCCAAAUACAACAUUACGACGGCCCCGUCUACCUGGGCACUCCACCACCAAACUUCUGUCCCUUCUGUAACUCUAUAAUUAAACCAGAGGCAAAAGAAUGUGAGAAUACACCAGAAAUCUGUCCCCAAGUCUAUGGAAACACCUACGAAAACGAACCUUAUGGUAUAACUAUAUCUUCAGAUGCAACAGAUCCGUGUGAAAAUGACAAAAUAGCGCUUGGUAAGAUCAAUUUGGGAGAAAACUGCAAACCUAUGCUACAUACGUCAAUCCAUAAUAUUCCAGUGACUUGUAAAUAUGGAACGGGGAUUGGAAAUACUUGGUCACCGCAUGGAACUUCUCUGUUGUCGAAUUACCUUCCUAUAAACACGGCGUGCCAAAAUACUUGUCAAGUACCGAUACUCACGUACGGUAACAGUGGUAACAGUGGUACGGGUAACAGUGAUGAGCCGGUACUUGUUCCGCAGAAGUUUAUGUACUCGCUGAUACUCGAUGGCGAGGUUGGUACCAAUCAGAAGGGGUGCGAUAGCAGGAUGUAUUAUUAUUGAGUUUGUUAAGAAUUUAUUAGUAUUUUUUGCUUGUUCAGAGUUCCAAAUUACUUU